AACCUUGGCAUUGAGUUUCUCAUCCCUCUUCUACAAUGAACGACCUUCUAUCGGAAUCGUUUGAAAUCCCUCGUGGGCAUGGAAAUAGAGACGUCGAGUUAGGGGCAUAUCUACGGACUUCAGGAGAACUGGGUUUGGAUACUUUCUUCAAAAAGGUUCAAGAGCUUGAUAAGCAAUUUGAGAGGCUGGGUAAGCUUCUCAGGCAGCUCCAGGAUGCUCACGAGGAGUCCAAGGCAGUGACCAAAGCUCCUUCCAUGAAGGAUAUUAAGCAGAGAAUGGAGAAAGAUGUUGAUGAAGUUAAGAAAAUUGCCCAUCACAUAAAAACAAGAAUUGAAGAAUUGGACAGAGAAAACUUGGAAAAUAGGCAAAAGCGUGGAUGUGGAAAAGGAACAGGUAUCGACAGGUCAAGGAUAGCAACCACCAUUGCCUUGAAAAAGAAAUUGAAGGACAAGAUGGAUGAAUUUCAGCGGCUGAGGGAAAUCAUACAUCAAGAAUAUCGUGAGGUUGUAGAGAGACGUGUUUAUACAGUGACGGGCACAAGAGCUGAUGAGGAGACAAUUGACAGAUUAAUUGAAACCGGAGAUAGUGAACAGAUUUUCCAGAAUGCAAUCAGGGAACAUGGAAGAGGCCGGAUACUGGACACACUGGCAGAAAUUCAGGAACGGCACGAAGCAGCUAGAGACGUUGAGAGGAAGCUUCUUGAAUUGCAGCAAAUAUAUCUGGAUUUGGCGGUGUUGGUUGAUUCACAGGGUGACAUUCUUAACAACAUAGAAUCCCAGGUAUCAACUGCAGUAGAUCACGUACAGCAAGGCAAUAAUGCACUUGUGAAGGCAAAGAAGGCACAGAAGAGUUCGAGAAAAUGGAUGUGCAUUGCUAUCAUAAUACUUCUUCUUGUUGUUGUCAUUGUUCUUACUUCAGUCCUCAGACCAUGGAGUAACAGAAAGGGGGCCUAGUCACCAGUUGCUUAUGUAUCAGC